GGCGGCAGCUGGAGGGCUGCUGCUCGCUCUUCCGGAGAGGCAUUUGGCUGCUCGGCACCGCUGCGGUGACGGGGAUCCGCGGGAAGAUUCGGAGCGGGCGUGCGGCGCGCAGCCCUCUCGGCGUUAGAAGGCCGCCUGCCGAAAGAGGCCACCCCGGGCCGGGCCCUGGCCGGGUGACUCUCAAAAGGCCGGGGCUGGUCGUGCCGGAGAGUGGCGGGGUUUGAUGAUUCCAGUCUUUUGUGUGGUGGAGCAGUCAGACGCCUCUCUUGAAUACGAUAAUCGAGAAGAGCAUGCUGAGUUCGUUCUGGUUCGCAAAGAUGUGCUCUUUAGCCAGCUGGUGGAGACAGCGCUCCUGGCUCUGGGGUAUUCCCACAGUUCUGCAGCUCAGGCACAAGGAAUAAUCAAGCUUGGGAGGUGGAAUCCCCUCCCUCUCAGUUAUGUGACUGAUGCACCAGAUGCGACAGUAGCCGACAUGCUACAAGACGUCUAUCAUGUUGUGACAUUGAAAAUCCAAUUACAAAGUUGUUCGAAGUUGGAAGACUUGCCAGCAGAGCAGUGGAACCAUGCCACAGUUCGCAAUGCCUUAAAGGAACUGCUCAAAGAGAUGAAUCAGAGCACAUUAGCCAAAGAAUGCCCUCUCUCACAGAGUAUGAUUUCAUCCAUUGUAAAUAGUACAUACUAUGCCAAUGUGUCAGCAACCAAGUGCCAGGAGUUUGGGAGAUGGUACAAAAAGUACAAGAAGAUUAAAGUGGAAAGAGUGGAAAGAGAAAACCUUUCAGACUAUUGUGUUCUUGGUCAACGUCCCAUGCACUUACCAAAUAUCAACCAGCUGGCAACUUUGGGAAAAUCUAAUGAACAGUCUCCUCACGGCCAAAUUCACCACAGUACUCCAAUCCGAAACCAAGUGCCAACGAUGCAAACAAUGAUAAACCCUGGGCUCCUGUCUCCCCAGCUCAGUCCACAACUGGUGAGGCAGCAGAUAGCGAUGGCCCAUCUGAUAAACCAGCAGAUUGCCGUCAGCCGGCUGUUGGCUCACCAGCACCCACAGGCUAUCAACCAGCAGUUCUUGAAUCAUCCACCCAUCCCUAGAGCUGUCAAACCAGAGCCAUCAAAUUCAUCGGUGGAAGUCUCUCCAGAUAUUUACCAGCAAGUCAGAGAUGAGCUGAAGAGAGCCAGUGUGUCUCAAGCUGUCUUUGCAAGAGUAGCAUUCAACCGCACACAGGGUUUGUUGUCAGAGAUCCUGCGUAAAGAAGAAGACCCUAGGACAGCUUCCCAGUCCCUCCUGGUAAACUUACGGGCAAUGCAGAAUUUCCUCAACUUGCCUGACUCGGAGCGGGAUCGUAUCUAUCAGGAUGAGAGAGAGAGAAGUAUGAACCCAAAUGUGAGCAUGGUGUCUUCAGCUGCCAGCAGCCCCAGCUCCUCCAGAACACCCCAGGCCAAAACCUCGACACCAACAACAGACCUCCCCAUUAAGGCGGACAGCGCCAACGUCAACAUCACAGCUGCCAUUUAUGAUGAGAUCCAACAGGAGAUGAAAAGGGCCAAGGUAUCUCAAGCUCUGUUUGCCAAAGUGGCUGCCAAUAAAAGUCAGGGCUGGCUGUGUGAGCUGCUGCGCUGGAAAGAAAACCCCAGCCCGGAGAACCGCACCCUGUGGGAGAACCUGUGCACCAUUCGGCGCUUCCUGAACCUGCCGCAGCACGAGAGGGAUGUGAUCUACGAGGAGGAGUCCAGACACCACCACAGCGAGCGCAUGCAGCACGUGGUGCAGCUCACGCCCGAGCCUGUGCAGGUGCUGCAUAGACAGCAGUCCCAGCCUGCCAAGGAGAAUUCCCCACCUAGAGAAGAGGCUCCUCCUCCACCUGCUGAGGACAGUUGUGCCAAAAAGCCAAGAUCCCGUACCAAGAUCUCCUUGGAAGCUCUAGGUAUCCUUCAAAGCUUUAUUCAUGACGUGGGUCUCUACCCCGACCAGGAAGCCAUCCACACCCUCUCUGCUCAGCUGGAUCUCCCCAAACACACCAUCAUCAAAUUCUUCCAGAACCAGCGCUACCACGUAAAGCACCACGGGAAGCUAAAAGAGCACCUGGGAACGGUGGUUGACGUGGCAGAGUACAAGGAUGAGGAGCUGCUGACGGAGUCGGAGGAGAACGACAGCGAGGAAGGCUCUGAGGAAAUGUACAAAGUAGAGGCCGAGGAGGAGAACCCCGACAAAAGCAAGGCGGCUCCAGCGGACAUCGACCAGAGAUAAUGUGAGACAGGAGUGCAGAAAGCAAUACAUUGAUCCAAGGAUUUUCUGGUUUUAUUUCCCGUUUUUUCCCCUCGUUUUACUUUCUGUUUGUUUGUUUCCGUUGCGCAUGAUCCAUGUGCAAACCGAAUGAAUUCAGCAUUGCCCGAUCAGACAUCGCCUUGACACAGACACUCGAGUGUUACACUUCCUGCAUCUGACUGAAGCAACCGUUGUAGUCACAUAGGAUUAUGCCUUCAUCAAUCUUGCACUUAUGAAAGGGACAGCUAGCAAGUAAAUGGGAAGAAAAAGUCCUAUGAAAUCAGUGAAGGGAA